ACAGUUUGUAAAGUCGUCUGUUUUUUGACGUUAGAAUGAGACACAGCGAUAAAGAGAUUUAAAUGUCGGUUGUUGGGGUGUGUGUUUUAGAAAGUUGUGUGUUUUUUUUCUGUUCGAGUUUGCAACUCAGCUAUUAUAUGGAUUAUGCAAAACAUUUAGUAAGACCGUACAGUGUAUAAAAAAUUUGUUCAUUCUGUGAUAUGUUAUAUUAUAUAUCUUCAAAUAUUUCCAACGCCCGACGAUCGGAAAAUACGAGUUAAUGUGCGUAUAAUUUUUGUGAUAUUUUACUCUGCAGAUAACAUUUUUUUUAUUAUUAUUUGUAUAUAAAUGUAGAAAAUAUUAAUUAACUACUAUAACACGAUUUCAAUUUACAAUGUUCUGUAACUUUAUAAACAAUUUGUAAACAAAGAGACUAGAAUUUUCAUUGCACAACAUAUCGUGAUGUGAUCUUAUUAAGUGAUAUUAAUUUGUUAUAUGUCCUAUAUUUGAUCGAAAUUAGCUCAGUGUCACCUAAUAUUUAUCCAGUUUUUGCGAUUUCCGGUGAAGAUAAUCUUACGCUCAUGUUCUUUCCGGUGAAAUACUGCUAUCGAACAAUCAGCGGUUAACUGAAAAUUCGUUCUUUUAAUAUACGAACGAUGCAUUAGAGGUUUUGUAUCAAUUUAGAAACUAGUGGAAACACAUGGAAUAUAUUGAUGGUUUUCAAUUAUAUGGAAAAGAAGUCAACAAGAGAAGUUGAAAUGUGCCAAACAUCGUCCGAUUCAGUUACUAAACCUGAAUCAGACGAUGAUUUUAAAUGGGAAGAAUUUUUCGGUACAUCGGUAGACUUAUCAUCGAGUCUACUGGAUAUGUUCGACACGAUUGUGGCGAAAAACACCCUUGAAAAUGGCACUUCCGGCGCUCCAUCUAGUGAACAACAUUCUGCACCUUCCUCACAUCCGGCUUCCGGUCCUCCCCCUUGUGAUCCAGGAGGAGGGAAGAAGGCACCCUUUACAGGACACCGUCCCAUUCGAGCAUACAGCAAACGCAGCUAUUCCGACAGUGCUUUUCAGGAAAAGAAACGACCCCUGAGUAGCAGUUCUGUCUCUUCCUCAUCAAGUUCCUCAUCCUCCUCACUGCCUCGCAACAGCCUGGAUGUGAAGAAAUCCUAUCUCGCCAGCAUCGAAUCUUUGGACGAUGAUGAUGACGACGAUGACAAUCACUAUAAUGAAGAUGCCAGCAGUCGGGUGGGGCCGCCCCGUGAUGGGUCGAGCGGCGUUGGCUCCGGAACAUCAACCACGGGCGGACCCGUCAGUAACAGGCCUCGUUGGGUCGACCCGAAUCUUAGUCACACAGACAGAGUGGUCCUCGAGAUUGUGGACACUGAAAAAACCUAUGUUCGUGACCUAAACGAAAUUAUCGAGGGUUAUCUUAAGCAUAUUGGAAAUGCACAAGAAGCUAAAAUUAGUCAACAAUAUUUAGAAGAACUAUUUAGUAAUAUUGAAGAUAUUUAUAGAUUUAAUAGCUUGUUUUUAACUGAAUUGGAAUCUUGUGGGCUGGAUCCCGUAGCUGUUGCUAGGUGUUUUGUAAAAAACAGCACUGGUUUUGAAGUUUAUACCCAAUAUUGUACAAAUUAUCCUAGGACUGUUUCUAUUUUGACUGAACUCAUGGGAAAUUGUGAAACUGCUGAAAUAUUUAAAGAACGUCAAAUGGCCCUUCAACAUAGUCUUCCUUUAGGUUCAUUUCUACUAAAGCCUGUUCAAAGGAUUCUUAAGUAUCAUUUAUUAUUGCAGAAUAUGGUUAAACAUGCUAAUAAAGAAUGUGAUGGCUACUGUGAUGUUAAAAACGCAUUAUCUGUUAUGACUGGAAUUGCCUACCAUAUCAACGAUAUGAAGCGUAAGCAUGAACACGCUGUAAGAGUUCAAGAGAUUCAAAGUUUGCUUUAUGGAUGGGAGGGGCAAGAUUUAACAACCUAUGGUGAGUUAGUAGCUGAAGGAGCUUUUCGCAUGUAUAGAGCAAAGGCAUUAAGACAUCUCUUCCUCUUUGAUAAAAUGUUAUUGAUUGCAAAGAAGAAAGAAGAAGGAAUAUUGAGUUACAAGACUCAUAUUAUGUGUUCAAAUUUGAUGCUCAUCGAAAGCAUUCAAGGGGAACCUCUGUGCUUUCAUGUCAUACCAUUCGACAAUCCAAGAUAUCAAUAUACAUUCCAGGCACGUAAUUUAGAACAAAAACGAGAGUGGUGUCUCCAACUGAAAAGAGUUAUUCUGGAGAAUUACAAUGCUGUUAUACCAUCUCAUGCACGUCAACUGGUGAUGGAAUUGGGUCAGAGUAAGCAAGAUGACUCUGCUGAAAAAAGCACCACCAAGCGACUGCUGUCAGCUCCUGAAUAUCUAGAGAAACGAAAGCAAGAGAGAAGGAAAUCUGAAUUAAAUAUCAAUCGCAACCUGAAACUGAAAAAAGGUGUCAAAAAGAGUGAUAGUACUGUGAAUAAAAAUAAUAUGUCGAAUGGAAGGCACAAAAAAGAGCAUACUGAUAGUCAUGAAAGUUUGAACGACAAAUCUUCGUGGACAAAAAGUCAGGAAGAUGUACGUCAUAAGAAAAGAUGGUUUAUAGGGCAUCUGAUCCACAGAGAUCAUCUUUCCGAUUGUUCUUCAACUGCAGAGUCUAAUGUUCCUUUCAACAGAAGCUCCAGAGCAAGACACAGUCUUCCGGAACCUUCUCUGUCCCAAAGAUCGGCAAACAAAGAAAGGAGGUUUAGACCAUCAUGGAGGACCUGGAACAGUGUUCCUGAGGAAACGACUGAUACGGAAAAUGAGGAUCUGGAUUUGAAGAAACGUUCAGAAUAUUACCCCCCUUCUCUUUCAUAUCGUGAUAGAACAUAUUCGGAGGUGUCGGACGAAAUGUUUGAUAACAGUGGUGAAUAUGUAACUUUUUUUUAUGCUCACUCUUACGCCACCAGAGACAUGCAAAAUGGAAACAUACUGACCAGAAAUAACAAUGCCGGUCAAUCGGACAUCGAAGAGAAAAAUGAUAAAACUUGUGUUGAAAUAAAUGGAGAUUCUAAAUGUGAUCAAACGAAGGAUCCCGAUUCUGAAAGUAGUAGUUCAAUUAGUUCCUGGAAGCAAAAUUCAGCCAUUCGCCGUGUCCAGUCCUUCACUGGCAUGGCAAAGGCUAGAGUUGCAUCAUUGCAUCACAACAUUUCAUUUAAAUAUCAUUCCUCAUCCAACAGUGAGCCAAAAUCAAAAUCUAAACGAUCUUGUUUACCGCCUAAUGGUUUAAGUGUUUUUCCAUCUGAACUGAAGGACGAGAGUCCCACAACUCCUGCUGCCUGGUUGAAGCAACAGCAAGAACACAUGGCAGAUGGUGGUAAGAAAAGUGGGUCUCUACCGCGGAGCUUCCAACUUGUAUCUGAAAACAUUGAAAGCACCAAUGAAAAUAAAAAUUCCACUGAAGCAAGUGUGUCUCGACUUAGGAUACGUUUAGAUGGUCCUAGAGCUUUGCAUAGCGAGCAAAGGCCUUUUACUAUUGCUUCCGACAAACCAUCCCAAGCUGAUUUUGGGGAUGAUUUAGACUAUGUUGUUUUAGACUACUCUCACUGUGCUGGUUCUGAAUAUUUUUUAUCCCAGAAAGAUUCAUAUGAGCCUGACACUACAACUGGUUGCACAAACACUCCCGCUAUAAGUUUGGAAAAUGUUCAUAGUAUUCACCCAGAACUUAAAAUAUAUCACCAGGCUGCCUCCAAAUACGCUACUUUGAAGCACUUGUUCACAAACAUGGGCUCCAAGAUUGCUGGCUUGAAAGCAAGUUUGAGCCCUUCCUCUCAGCAUGCAAGUCCAGAACGUGCUAAAAUUGAACUCAGUAGCUUUAAAAGAUCCAGUAGUCAUUCAAGUAUAAAAACUGAAAAUGAACUUAGCCCUAGACUUUUUACUGCCAAAUUAGCUCAUUCUGUGGCAAAAGCCUAUUCAUCUAUGAUGAAGCACAAAAAGAAGCACGAUUUAAAAUUAGAGAGGAAGCCUGGCUUCAAAAAAGAAAAGGUGUCAAUGGCUAGUUAUAAAUCUGAAAGUUCUUUAAUUGGAGCUCGAAUGGCUCAGCCACUAGAAUCCGAAUACAGCGUGCCAAAGUAUAUCUUACCACCAAAAAUGUUUAAAGACCUUAGACCUGACAGCCUUUUCUCAGAGUCUUCCACAAUAAUGUCUUCCAGUGACUGUGACAGAAAUGGUGUGGCGGAGAUUGAUUCUGAAUUUCCUAAAUUGGACGGAGAAGACACUGUAUCAGAAGCUAGUGAUACGUCUGCAGAUAGCUAUUACGAAAGGACAUUCGAUGCUAUCGAAAACGCUCUCGCGCACGACUUGUUUCGCGAUUCGGCUAUUUACAGUGACCCCGAAGAUGCGGAUUUCAGUGCCAUUGAGCACCCAAAGUUAAUGGCAUGUUUUACUUCUGAAAUAUCGGUUGAAAAGCAAAAUGUUGAACUUAAUGGGUAUCACAAUGGUGAUUCUGGUGCUCUUUCUCCUUCUUCCCCUAAAGUUAUGUGUGCGCGUCGAGUCAACCAAGCAAUAUUGGACAGGUUGCGCUUUCUGGAAGACAAAGUUAAGCUCCAAAAUGAGGAAAAUGCUGCUGUCAUCAACAAUCUGAAGGGCACAGCCCAUAAAAAACUAGAUGGGGAUAGGUGGGGAACACUAGUAUUAAGUAAAGACUUCGAAGAAAGUGAAACCAGCUCUGAGCAUUCUGCAUCUACAGUAAACACAGUGAUGGAGACUAUACAUAAAGUUUCAAAACCAAAUGGAAUGCAGAACUCUAAAAGUCCUCCACGUGUUAAAGGAUGGGUGAAACAUGUUGUUGAAAAACUUCAAGGUGAGGGACAAGCUUAAACAAAUUUGCCAAUAAAUCUGUGCCUUUGCAAACUCCAUUGAAAUGCAAAACUUGUGCUUCUUAGAAACUGAAAGUUUUAAAAAUGUGCUUUAAUGUGAUGUGAUAUUUCUUUAAACUUCCAUAUCUUCCUAAACAGCUCAUUGUUCAUAAUCUGUUGUCUGAAGUGCAGCUAGUAGUUUUUUUUUUUUCUCUUCAAAAGAAAUUAUGAUAUUAAUUGAUGGAAUUCUAAGUUAAGAUCAAUCAAUCAGAAAAAGGAGAAAAAAAUAUUGAUCUCUUUUUUUUCUUUCUUCUCCUUUUUUUUAAAAAAAACUUUUUAUGUAAAACAGAAAAACAUUCUGUAGCUUCUAUUCUUUAAAAUGUUAUUAAAUUUAAAACUGAAUUUAUACUAAUUUAUUAAAAUGUAAUAUCGUUUUGCUAUGUUUGAAUUUUUUUUAUCAUAAUUUUGUAAAAAUUUAUUUUGUAUUUACAUAUUUUAAAAGUUAUUGCUACUUUAAGAAUUAUAUUUUGAACGUUUUAUAACAAAAUAUUGACCCUUUUCUUAUGUUUCUCCAUUUUCUCCAGAUUCCCCAUUCAAAUAGAAUUUGAAUUCAGAUUAGAACAGUUGUAUGUGCAUUUUUUCACUAAUUAAAUCAUUUCUUAUUUCAAAUUUGAUAAAAUGUUACAAUUUUUGACCAUUUUUAAUGUUUAAAACAUAAUAUUUGUUAAUUUCUUUUAUAUUUUUAGUAAAUUUAAAACAAAUUUGCUUAGUAUUUUUAUUAAUAUACAAUUAUAAUAUAUUUACAUUCUAUCAUAAAACAAGCAUCUAAGCUAUUGUUGUUUCUAAGAAAGAAAUAUGUAUCAAACAAUAAAUUUCAUAAUAAUUUUCCUUGUUUAAUUUAACAUCUGAACUAUUUUUAUUGUUUUUUUUCUUCCCAAAAACAAUUGAAAGUUGGGUGUUAAGCAAUGGAAAUAUUCAUAUUGAAUAAUCAUUUUUGUAGUAGUGAGGCUGUUUUAUGUUCAGGUAAAUGUUUCUGAGACGUCAUUGCAACUACUAGUCAGUAAUAACAUAAUAGUUAUGCAAAUUCUAUAUAAAGCUUCUCUUAAUCCGGUUAUUAAAUUAUGUGUUACUUUCUUCAAUUUUGAAUGAAUUAUUCAAUAAAAAAAUUUACAUAAUUUAAACCUUUUAUUUUUAAAUUGUGCUUAGUUAUAAUUUAUGAAAUAUGUAUAUUUUUAAACCAAGAAUUUUCUAAAUUUGUGGAACUGGAAUGCAAACAAAAUGUUUUGUGAAAAUGUGCAAUUACUUAAUGCAGCUUUAGGCGUGAGUUAUCCUUUAUUUUUAAAAAAAAUUAUUGUAAAAUUAUCCAUGAUUAUUAGUAAUAAUUGAUAUUAAAAUUAUUUUUUGUAUCAAAUUUCAGGUACUUUUUCCACCUGAAGUGCAUUUUUUUUAUACUUAUUGAAAGCCUUAUAGUUUUUGGCAGUUAUUUUAAAAUUAAAUUUAUUUUCUUGUAAAAAUUUUAACUUAAAUGUACAUAUGGUACUUUGUAUAAAGAAAUGAUGUUUUUCUAUAAUUUAUUGUAAAUUUUGCAUUUUCUACAGUAGUUCACAGCUAUAGAUCAUAUUUGUUUUUGUAUUUAUUGUCUACAAAUGUGAUGUAUGUUGCAGCUCUUGAUUUAGUGACAUAAUUUUAUUGUUUUUUCUCUAGUCAUAGCUUUUGUAUAUUAUUUAUCUAUAAUAUAUUUGUACACACAUCAUUAUUUUGUAAUCUUGAAGCAAAAUUUGAUUUUGCAGCUUUCAACUGCCUUGAUGCUUAAGUCAUACUAGUUUUCUUGAAUUCAUUAAAAUUUUUAAAAUUAUUGCAACAACCAGGCUAAAUAGUUUCAGUUAUUUUAAACUUAACUUUUACUCAAUUGUAAUAAGGUAAAAUAUAUAAUAGUAAUUAAUAGGUGCUGAGUAUCAAAACUUGUACUAAGGACUCACAUUAAUAGUUACAGAAAAAAAAAUUGCUUAAAUUAUGUAAUUAUCCUUUCACCAUCAAGUGUAGAGCAAUUGAUAAACAUUUCUUCCCAAUCUAGAAGGGGUGUAGACGAGGGAAAAACUUGAAAAUCCUAGAUUCCUGUACAAUUAAAAAUUCCAUAUCAGAAGUGACGAAACAUUUUCACCAAAAAUUGUUGGCACAUGAAAAUAAAUUAGUUACAUGUCUGCAUCCAUAAGUGACAGUUAACAGUUUUUCUAAAUGGCUAAUCAGACUCAUAUUAAAAAUAAGAUAUAGGAAAGUGGGUUUUCGUAACUACUACUAUAUUUUAAGUAUGAGGUGAACUAACAUAAAGCAGUUUUGUUUGUAAACAUAAUACUUGUGUUAGUAAAAUGCUGUUAGCUCGAAACUUCCCAUGAUAUUUUUAAAUAUAUAUUUUUUAUUUGUAUAGCUAUCAUACUCCCAAUUAAACAGUUCUCAUCAUGCUUCUACAUUUUACUACAUACAAAACCCAAAAUAGAGUGCAUUAAAAUGUCAUCCAUAUAGUAUAUAUAUUUUUAAAAAAAACAUGUCUUAGAAACAAUGUUUUUUUUUUCUCUUGUAGUCUAUAUAGUUCAAAUUUGCUUCAAAAUAUAAAUUCUAAAGAUUUUGGUAACCAACACCUUGUGUUGUAUAAUACUUUAUUAUAGAUACUUUCUCAUUUUUCUUAAAUGUAUCACUUCUCUCAGCAAAUUAUUAAUGUGUGUACAUAAAAAGCACUUUUUGAUAUAAAGGAAUUUAUUUACCUGUUGUAUAUGAAAUACUUGCUAUUCUUUGCAUGCCUUAAUAGUGUUUGAGAGAAACUUCCUUUUUAAUUAUAUUAAUUGGCAGACAUAUGGACAUAUAUAUAUUAAAAAUGCAUAUCAACAUGUAUACAUCCCAUUAUGUAAACAAAUAUUUGUUAAAUGAAUUAAUUCAUUGCUUUGUAUUUAUGAAAAUAUAAAUUUAACUAAGAUUUUUUCCCUCCAGGAAUUGUUAUUAUGCAAGGGUUCCUUAAUGAAUAGAAUAUUCUUUAAAAUAAACCAUAAAUUAGACUUUGUAUUUUCUACAAAGUAUAGCAUCAAACUUUCCAUUUAAAUAGUAAUUUUUUCUUUAAGCAUACAGCAAGCAACAAUUUUAUGUGCAACAUUUAUAUAUAACAAUGUAUUUCUAACUUACAAAGCAUUUCUAAGCACUUAUGGAUUUUUAAAAGAAUGUAUACUGCAUUUUACGGCCCACCGUUACUCUUAUAAACUGCAAUAAUAAAAGUAUAUAUAAUACUUCAAUUUAGCAGCUUUCUGUAAACAUACUUUUAUGAAUAAGACAUUUAUUACAUGUUCAGCAUAUCGUAGAUCACAGGAGUUAAUCUGUCACAAAAUUUAUUACAUUUCUAAAGAAAUUAUCCUGAUAUAAAUUAGAUAAUAUAUGAGCUAGGCAUUUUCGUAACUUGUUAAGAAUAUAUAGAAGAGUUUUCUGAUGUAGUUUAUCAUUUGUAUGACAAUCACAUUCAUCAAUUGUAUAUAUGUAUUUUUUAUAGUUGUGAUUUUUGUCACAAUAUUUAUCCUUGUACAGAUAUGUAAUUAGAAUAAUGCUUGGAUACAAGUUUUGAUUGCCGAGUGAUAGUUGUUUAAGUAUAAAAAUAAAAUACUUAGAUUAAA